AUGUCUUCUACCUCAUUCCAUCACAGACCGAAUUCUCCAACGCGAAUUCACAUGCGACUUUCCCCAGCGCCUGUUUCGUCCGUUCGAUUCUCUCCCAGCCGUUCGAUCGCCGUAUCGCCGGCGUCGUCUCAAAAGCAGACUUGUUUGUGUUCGCCGACGACGCAUCCUGGAUCGUUCAGGUGUAGUUUACAUAAGGAUUAUUCAAUUGUGAGAAAUGGAAGUGUUGAAGGAGAUCUUGUGAAGAGAACGCUUGCGAUUCUUAUACGGCCGUCGUCGCACCAGCAGCGGCGACGCGGCGAGUUUAAAACUAAGCCGAGUCGGCUCUCUAUUAUGUCGAAAGCAGAUGAUCAAGUAUACAUAUAUUCUCUUAGCAAAUAA